AUGCCAGGUUUUGUCCAAGGCCAGAGAGCCACAACCGGUGCACCAGAGUCUGCGGCGGGCCACUCUGGCCCCGCGGCCGUCACUUCUACCUCCUCGCCUGGUCAGUCGGUUGAUGCUGCAUGUGUUACUACAGUAGCAUCGGGGCAGCCAUGCGUCGCUGAGAGUUCUCUUCCACCUGCAGCGGCGCAGCCAGGUGCACCAGCUGGUGCUUUUCCAUCUGCUCCAGGUCAGCCAGGUGCCUCCUCUGGUGCUCGGGAAGCUGGGGUUGGACAGCCAGGUGCAGCAGCGGUUAUGCCAGCAUCGGCUGGAAGUCAGCCAGGUGCUAUUCUUCCAGCUGCGACUGGUCAGGCAUGUGCAGCAGCCGGGAUUCCUACCGCCGCGACGGGUCAGACAAGUGCAGCCGCUUGUGAUCCUACCAUACCGACUGGUCAAACAAGGGCAUCAGCCGGGGUUCAUACCGCCUCCACGGGUUAUACGGGUGCAGCCGCCGGAGUUCCCACAGCAGCCGCGGUUCAGCCAGGUGCAGCAGCCGUUGCUCCGACGACAACGCAGGCGCAGCCAGGCUCGACCGCGAGGGAUGCAAUGGCAUAUGCGGGUUUUGGUGCACCGCCCGCGUUGAGUGUGUGGGCCACUGGAGUAGCGACACGGGUUCAAGCUGCCGCGGGGCGGCCUAUGAACGCAGCUGUGGUUCAGCCAAGCAACGAUGCCUGGGAUAUAGAGGGACCGCACACGAAACACACCAUAUUUCAUCCAGGUGUGCUGGUGCAGGGUGCUGUACGGUCGGAAGCGGCCAAUGACACUGCAAGGGCAGCUGUUGUUCAAACGGGUUCCUCUGCUUGGUCCUCAGGCGAGCAGUUUUUUGCUCUGUGUGCCUUUCCACCCGGGAUGCAUAUCCAGGGAGCACAACCACCAUGUGUGGUAGGCUAUGCUCCACAUGUAGGUGGUGCUCAGCCGGUCGCCGCUACAUCCGCCGUGCCAUCUGGGCCAAUUGGCCAUGCUCUGCAACCUCCGAACGUGCUUUACCUCGGUUCUGGACAGCAGCACGCUAACGUGCAACUGCCGUUGUCGUCGCAUCGCCCCCUCGUUCAUGAUUCUGGAGCUUUCCUCGUAGCUGAUGAGGCGCUCGACAAUGUCAGUGGCCUACGUGGACACACAUCCACCUCUCGUGGUCUGACUCUAUCGGGCAUGCUCUUAGGUUUCGUGCAGGGGUCGCAAUCGGUACUGCCCUCCCCAGCAGCCUCCGCUUCUAUGCCGCCCUCGACCCAAGGAGGCGAGCACGGCGAGGAGGCCACCUCCAGGGGGUUCACGGGCGUCACAAAAAAACAGGGCAAGGACGAGUGGAUCGCAAGGAUCGUCCUGGACCGCUCAUCGCAGUCGCUGAUUGUCAUCAACAGCCACUUUGGAUCUGAGUGUCGUCCAACAUGUCAGAACAACUGCAUGUGCCAUCACCUACCCAAACAUGCAAGUACAUGGAUAUAA